CUGGAGGCCUUUCGUGUCAACGAAACGCUGACCUCGAGUCUGGCCGACCUGUCGUCGAGUGGUACGGCGACCGGCGACACACGGUCACUCGAUUCGCAGAUCUCGACAUCUGUCGCCGAGGCCCUCGAGGUGGUCACGGCAGCAGUUGUCAUGGCGAACAGAGCGACCUCGAGCGACGGAGGCAUCUGCGAGUUGCCGGACAGUCCGGUGGACGACUUCUCGAUGGGCGAAGGACUCAGCUUUCCCUCCGCCCAGUUGCCGGCUCAUCUCAGCCUCCUCGGCGAGCCACCGGCCGAUGGUGAGCAGAUGUUCCUGUCGACGGCGGCCAGUCUCUCGCUGCCCACUUCGCCGAUGGCCGAAGUCGCUUUCGGCUUCAAGACGAGCACACCGACUCUUCAAUCCCUCGGAAUCCACGCACUCUCGGCCAGCCUGACGCAGGACUUUGACCUCACUUCCAUUCCUUCCGCGACGGCCAACGAGGCGCCCUCCUCUACCACUGCCUCUUCUUCUUCUUCUUCUUCUUCUUCUUCUUCUUCUUCUUCCACCUCCAUCCCCACUUCUUCCUCUUCUUCCUCCUCCUGCUCAUCAUCAUCAUCAUUAGCAUCAUCGUCAUCAUCUUCGCCCUCUUCCACCGCCAACUUGUCGUCAUUCUCGCCUGCGGCACCGGCCGCUUCGGCCUUACGCCUCGUCGCCCAGGACUACCAUGUCCUGUUGGGUGGGCGCAGUGGCGCGUAUUUGACAUGUGACGCUGUUGUCACGACGACUCGUGCUGAGUCCGACGUCUCGGGCUACGCCGAGCUGGAGGAGCCGCAGACGACGGAGACAACUCGGACAGAGGUCUACCACCACUUGUCCAACCUGUUGCCAUCGCAACUAAGUCUGACCGGCGAGAACUCCGCCUAUUCGAGCCACAUGUACCAGCCAGAGCGCGAUCUUCUGCCCUCGCCUCAGGCCCAAUCGAGUCAGGAUUUCUUGCACUUUCGUCGAGAGAUUGUCUCGCCCGGCGCUUUUCACCGCCUGACGCAACCACCGCCUGUUCAGCCGCAUCACAUGCAGCCGUCUCGACAGCACCAAUACAUGUUGUCAGAAGCGUCUAUGCCGCAACAGGUCAUGCAUUCGCUCGACCACAAAUCCGGCCCAAGUCAGCGCUCCUAUGACCUCGUCUCUGCCUCGCACACUCAUCCCAACCACCAGUCGAAGGAGUUGCACAUUUUGCUGCCAAAUCAGACAACAAUGACAACCCACUCGCAACCUCUUCCCCACCACCUACAACACACCACGUCCAGCCAACAUCAGCACCACCAACACCAUCAGCAACAGCACACACAUCCGCAGUCUCAUCAUCAUCAUCAUCAUCAUCAUCAUCAUCAUCAUCACCAGCAGCAGCAGCAGCAUCAACUGCAACAAAAACUGUCGUCUCCAGGGGAUGAGAGGAUGAGCCAGCAACAGGUCAUGCUGCCACCAAUAAACUGCCAUCAAGAGGAAGAGGAGGAGGAAGAGGAGGAGGAGGAGGAAGAGGAAGAAGAAGAGGAGGAGGAGGAGGAGGAGCCGUCAUCGUCGAUAAACCAAAUGAAUGACCCAUUGGUUGCCUAUUCUCCGGGAGUGCUCACGACACCGCCCGAGACGACGGCCGGCACUCCGCAAAGGCAGCAGAGCCACAAAAGCGCUUCUCUCCUGCUCCAUCUCGACUCUGGCCAGUCACGUCAGCUUCAGCAGGCCCUGCAAGAUUGCGCCACCAAUUUUCAUACCCAACACUUGCACCAGCUCAGCGGUGCACCCGCUAGGGCGGUUGACCAGCAGCAGAUUUGUUCACAUCAGCCACGGAUGACAGACAAGAAAUCACACCUACGGCCAGAUCGAGAGGAUGAAGAGCAAUAUGAAGUGGAGAAUGGAGCUGAGAUGGAGAGAGAUGGCAGCACGGGGCAGCAGAUUCACAUGGAGGCCCGACGAUUGGGCCAGACUUCAGGACGUUCAGGAGCCAAUGCUGUUUUUCGAAUCGGGCCCAUGGCCGGACGAAGCUAUUCUUAG